UGAGAUUCGGAGCGGUUUGAAGCGGUUUAAGGCGAUUUGAGUGAUUGUUGCAAACCGCCGACAACCGCUACCGACCGCAAAAGCUGCGUUUGCGGGUGGUAGCGGGAAAACCAAUCGCCACCUAAGUCUUAACGUAAAACGCACAACCAAUUAGUGACAAAUAAGUCCACGAAGCAUCUUCUUUCCUUUCUAGAACCCUAAAAGCAAACCAUACACUUCUCUUAUCUCUCUCUUUCUCAAAGAACCUGUCAAUGUAAUUAAAACAGUUUCCAAUAUUUUCGCCACCAUAAAUAAACUCUCACCUCCACCUCUUUAACUCCACCACUCCAAUUGAGAAAAUAAUUUAUUUUAUAAAACUUCACCACUCUACAAAUUUCAUACCACGCAAACAAAAACAAACUCAUAAACCCUAAUCAACCACAACUUCCACCACCAACUCAAAGUUUUCAUUUUCCAAAUUAAAGAAGAAUGAGCAGAAGCAAAUCCAUAGUCAUCAAUUCCAGUUCCGAAAAUAAUAUAUUCACGGUCGCUGCCGCAGCUGUAGCUAUGAGACGUUCUGCUUCAAACGCAAGCCCCGUGGUACAUACUAAUGAUCUUAACAGAGAACCGCGGCGACCGCGGUCAGUUAAGUUUCCGGUAUCUCCCCAACUGAUACAAGGGGAAGAGAUGGUGCAUUUCGGACAUCCGCAACACGUGCUGGUUAAAGUUGAUUUGCCAGAUAUCUACACGUGUGCAGGUUGCAAAGAAGAAGGAGCUGGGAUUAGGUACGUGUGCCAAGAGUGUGAUUAUCAGCUCCAUGAGUUUUGUGCUUUGGCUCCUCCUCUACUCAAGUCGCAUCCUUUUCAUUACCAGCAUCAGCUUCUGUUCUUUGCCAAGCCUGCUAAAGGAGGAAUAAUGAAAUCAAAAUGCGACGUGUGUGGAAGAUCACCUAAAGGUUACACCUAUAGAUGCAAAGCUUGCAGUUUCCAGAUGCAUCCUGGCUGCGCCAUGUUAUCUCCUUCGCUCUCCUCUUCCUCUAUCCAUCGCCACCCUCUACAGCUCCUCCCAUCUACCUCCCCUGCCAACACCACCGGCGGGUUCCUCUGCGGAGAGUGCAAGAGAGGUAAGCGAGUCGGGAGGGUUUACCGUUGCACCGUUUGUGAUUACCACUUGCAUGCCGUAUGCGCCAAGGACGCCGCCGUGAACGGCCUUCGUGAGAACGGACACAAAGGGAGGGAUAGGUCUCCAGCGGUUUUGGGAACGGCGGCGAGGUUAGCGUCGCAGGUUGUGAUUGAUUUUCUUGGUGGUAUGAUGGAAGGUCUAGGUGAAGGUGUUGGUGAAGCCAUUUUGGACGGUGUAAGUAGAGGCGGUGGUGGUGGCGGUCGCGGUGGAGGAAAUGGAGGUGUUACUGGGGUAACUCCACGUGUCAGAGGAGGCUAAUUAUGGAACUUUGGAGAUAAUUAAUUAGGAGUGUUUAUAUGCAUAUUGAAAUGAUUGUAUUUUUUUUUUUUUGCCGUGGUGAUUGGUAAAUGGUAAUUACAUAUAGACUUUGUAGUGUUGAUGUUAUUGGGUUGGGUGAGAGGGAGGUAGUAUAUUGAUUAAAUUUGGGGAUAAAGUAACAAGAAUACGAAAAAUGUGUAAUGUUUAAUUAGUUUUGAUUUUAAUUAAAGUAAUGUUGAUGUAUAUAUCUGUGUGCUGUUCUUUUUCAAUAAUUCAGGAAUUUGCAAGUAAAAUAUCUUACGUUUUACGUGCAUAAGCUUAAUUGAAUACAUUGUAACCAAACGUAUAUAACCUUUUUGGUGUAUUUUGAAAAUAUGAAAAGUGUGUUUAUAUUUAUUUGGCUUUUAUUAUGUUACUUACAUAACGAGACAUAGAAAGAAAGGCAAAAAGCUACUACCUAAUGCUGAUGGCAUCUUGGAAAAGAGAGGCACCUCAGCUCCGUGUUCGAAAAUACGUCCAAUGCGGCCGUCUAUACAGUCACUAUACGCUAUGCGGCUUUGCAACGUAGCGAAAUCAUCAAAUACGGCUUAUAAUACGGUUUGUUAGAAAACAGACGUAUACACGGCGAAUAGUGCGCACAAACGGUGUCGUCUAUACGUUUGCAUUUUAUUUUUUUUGCUUUGCACAUGUUUGUUUUGUUUUAAAUAUUAUAAUACUUUCGUCUAUUUGUUGGUAUGUAGUUCAUUAGCAGUGUUCAAUGCUAUAAUAGUCUUUGCUAAGUGAACUUUUUAUAGUAUGAAUUAUAAUAGUUGCAAAAUACGAUCAGUUAUUUCUUACUACACAUUUAUUUUUCCAAAAACUGCAGAAAAUCAUUCAAGGGAUUUUGGUAUGGCUGGAUCAUCUACAAAUUCAAAUCUGAUCCAAGCAGGAUCUUUCAAAAUUUCCAGUAUUGAAAACCUUAUAUUAUUUUUAUUUUCAUAUUAAUCAUCAAUAAAUUAUAUAUAUGAAUAUAUAUUAUAUCCGCUUAGGCCCCGUUUAGGCGUCCGCGUAUACAGUUAUACGCUAGGCGCUGGGUCACCGCACAGUGAGCGCAUAGCGUAUUUUAGAACACUUAAUAUAUAGUGAUCACUGAGACCCACCACUCACAGUUUAUCUUCCAUCCAAUUUUUGGUUUUGGUUAAAUGUUAAACAUGUUGUUCCCAUUUUUGUGUGUGAAAAUUAACGCCAAAAAUACACCACAAACCUUUAAAAAUCAUUACAAUUUGGCGAAGCUACAUGGACAAAUUAAGGGUGGGGCAGUUGCCCACCAUGAUUUAUAAAAUUUCAAUGUAUUUUCUUUAAAUUUUUAAUGAAUUCCCUAUGUAUAUACAAUAAUUUGUUAAUAAAUUUUAUGUUUGUCCUAGAACAAAAUAACUUCUAGAUCAUCCAUUGAUUGCAAAAACCACGCAUUGUUUCAAGGAAAUUGUAGAUUUUAAUUUGACGUUUAUUUUUUAUUGACUAAGUUAAAAACAUGCAUUUGCUAAGAAACUAAGAAUUGAUCAACAACUAAUAUAUACUAUAUUUUAAAAACAAUUAAAAUAAUCUAUCAAUAUUACCCAAAUAACGAAACUACACUAAUUAAUAUCAAGAAUCCUUCAGUAGUACUUAUGAGUGGUGACCCAAAAUAUAUAGUGACUUGUGAUAUUUCAAGAAGCUCCACAAUCCACGUGGGAAUCGUUAAUCUGUCAUGGCCUUUUGGAACUCUAUGUGACAAGAUUCCUAUUCUCAAUCUGUCAUUGCUUCCUCCUCUCUUGCUUUCCACCGAUCUUGUUUCAUAUAAUAUACAUAGGAUUUUAAAUGGCAAUGUAGAGAAUCAACGAGAUACCCCAAGGAUAACAUGUUAGUUAUAUUACCCCCGAAUACACGUUAGAAUGAAUAAUAUAAAUUGUUAAACUUGGUAAUUCUUCUCGUUAUUUUUUUUCUCUAUUGAAGGUGAUGAGGGGAUUGUACUGCAAAGAAUCUGAUUCACCAUUAAAGGUUACGGAAAUACAGCAUGUAUAUAGAGAGAUAAUGAUAUAAGCUAGGCAUAUGAAGUGUUGAACUCUCCUCUGUUUUUUAUCCGAGCACAUGGUCGUUGUCAAGUCCCUGAGCUUUCCUUCGUCCGUAGUAUAAAGUCUCUUUCCUUUUUCUUGUUUUUAUUUUGUUGAAACCAAAAGAAUAAUUUAUAAUCGACUUUUGUCUAGAUGGAACUCUUCUCUGUUUUUAACUCUCAUCUGUUUUAAUCAAUCAUUAAUAAAUUUGAAAAUAUUUCUUCAUUAUUGGAUAUUGUAUUAUUUUUACAUUUAAAAAACUUAAUAACUAAUAAAUGAUUUUGAAAUCUCAAGAAACUAUAGAUGCAUACUAAUUUUUUGAAUUUCCAUAUUUUAUCAAAGACAAUUAAAAUUAAAAAAUCAUAUUAAAAAGUAAACAAAAAUUUAAUAAAUCUUAUUUCAACUAAAAUUAAUAAUUUUAAAUUUGUUUUUGAUUUUUGAUUUUUGAUUUUUUUAUAGUGGUGAAAUUAUUGUCCUAUACAUAUUUUUUUCUUCUACAAAGCUAGAAUUUGUUGUUUAUAUAACACACCUCAUCCGUAAAUAAAUGAGAUGAAAUUGAGAUAAAACCAGAAUAAUAGCGCAAAAUAUAUGUAGCUAGAGAAAUUGACAAAUCAAGUCAACUACGAUCAUGAAUGUUUUAUCUUUGCAACUUCUUUGAUGAGAUUUUCUUCAGAUUAUAACCCAAAUCUCUGAAGAUGAUGCGAUGCACAGAUCAUUUCUUCCAAAUAUAUUUAUCUGACACAAAAUGUGGACCAUGUGUCCUUCAUGUGCCAUCUUUUUCUCUAUUGAAGAAGAUGAGCAGAAGAGUUGGGGAGUUUAGGGUCUAAAUCACACGUUGCUACAUUGUAUAUAAAUGUAUUAUUCUCCUUUUCUUCUAUAUUGACGUGGAUGAGAAGAAGGUAACUAUAGCUUCUAAAGUCCGACACAUCUCCUCUCUACAUGCGGUUAUGGAACUCAUUUGAUAAAACCAAGUAAUUAACAAUCUCUCAUGUUUGAUUAAUUUCGAGUCCAUAAAUAAUAACAGAGAAACUAUUAUAUAUGAUUGAGAAUGCUUGCUUCCAAUAUGAUUCUCUAAUAGAUAUCUCAUGGUUUAUGGUAAAUGAAGAGUAGUAUAUAUAUUGCAAUAGCAAUAAGGAGAAAAAAUAGUCAAAGUCCAUGCACGUCAAUGUUUUAGUGGAAACACUUGAAUCAAACUCAAAUGAUUGUUAAAAAAAAAACAAAUAUGAAUGAAGUGUCUCAUUUGAGGUCUAGGUGUUCUAUUAUCUUGAUUUGGAGAUGAUGAUGAUUCUAUUUGUAAAUAAGAUAAAAGAGUCGAGGCAUAGAAGCCGGGCAAGUUCAGUGACCAAAUAUAUGCAUAAACGUAGUCCAAUAAUACAAAUUUAAUUGUUAACAUUAUCAGAAAUAGUUUCGAAAAUAACUAUUCAAACCAAGUAACCAACGGUUUAACUCUUAAGAUAUAUCAUUAAUUUUAAAACAACUAAUAAAAUCAACUAGAAGA